AAAUCUCACCAAAAGCCAAUCUCUACCUCUCUCUCUUCCCCACCGCUUCAUAACCUUUCCCUUUGGCUUUUUUCUCUUAUUAAAAAAAUAAAAUAAAAUCAUAAUAUAAUUGUAUAAUUUAUUAAAAAAACAAAUUUAAAAUACGUAACCCAAAUAUAAAAGAAAUUCAGAGAAAUUUAGGCAACUGAUCUUCCUCAAUCAUUCAACCUGUCUCUUUCUCUCUCUUCCUCUUCCUCUCUUGGGUUCUCUCAGCGGCGGACCUUGUUUGGAUCAGAGACGAAGAGAGAAUCAAAAUAACAAACCAGACGCAACAACAACGCACCAUGGUUGAAACCAGACGCAGUUCUUCUUCCAAGCGGGCUUUCUCUCCUCCUCCUCCUACUAACUCCAAACGAACGAAGGCGUCGGAGUCUUCCUCUUCGAUCAGCGACAUUCGGAGUCCGCCGUCGGUUCCGGUGAAAGAGUCUGGGUCCGAUAGUCGAGACCUUGUGUUGCGUUCCCCUGAUCUGCCAAACACCGAUCUUUUAAAUUCCGCCAACGCUUCUGAUGUGAUCGUCUCGGAGAAAUCCCCUCAAGUUGGGGCCGAGUGCGUGACUUUGGUUCCGCCGCAACCUUUAGCUGAAACUGUCACAGAUUUGGAGAAACCGAAGGCAGUCGGCAGAGGGAAGAAGUGUCAGACCAAAACCACGACGAAAUUGAUGCAAAAGUUGCCAUGGGGAAAGCUUCUUUCUCAGUGCCCUGAGAACCCUCACCUGUUCAUUUGUGAUCCUAUUUUCACCAUUGGCGAAGGCCUUCAAUGCAAUUUAUCAAUUAAAGACUCACCCGUUACUACUAGUUUUUGUAAACUGAGGCUCAAAAAGCAUGGUGUUGCCGUACUAGACAUCUUAGGGGGAAAAGGUUCUGUUCAAGUAAAUGGAAAAACAUACAAAAAAAAAUGUUUUGUAAAUCUAAGUGGAGGUGAUGAGGUUGUGUUCGGUUCGUGUGGAAAGCAUGCUUAUAUUUUUGAGCAGCUUACCAGUGAUAAUUUAACUACUCCUGGCGUUACUCCUUCAUUAAGCAUUUUGGAAGCCCAGAGUGCUUCUGUUAAGGGAAUUCAUGUUGAGGCGAGAUCUGGUGAUCCUUCUGCUGUUGAUGGAGCAUCAAUAUUAGCUUCAAUGUCAAAUAUUCGAAAUGACUCAUCACUUCUGCCCCCACUUGCUAAAGCUGGUGUGGAUCUGCAACAAGAUGUAGAGAUGUCCUCAUUGCCGUCUGGAUGUGGAGGCUCAGGUGAUAGUACUCCAGAUAUUGAUAUCAAGGACUGCAAUAAUAAUAAUGAUCAGGAUGGUGUGUCUUCUAGGGGAAAAGAUUUAACUACAUCCCCUGAUGCUACCAAUGAAAACCCUGCACUUGAUAGCCUGGGAUUGGAUGCCUGUGUGGAUGCUGAAGUAGGAAAACUCUCUGGUCCAGCUUAUGAAUUGAGGCCGUUCCUGCGAAUGCUUGCUGGUUCACCUGACAUCGGUUUCGGGGGUAGUAUUUCCAAAAUGCUGGAUGAGCAAAGGGAAAUCAGGGAACUCCUAAAGGAUAUUGAUCCACCAGUUUUAAUAUCUACAAGACGUCAAGCCUAUAAAGAUAAAUUGCAACAAGGAAUUCUGAACCCUGAAGAUAUAGAAGUUUCAUUUGAAAGUUUUCCAUACUUCCUUAGUGAUACAACAAAAAGCAUAUUGAUUGCUUCAAUGUAUAUACAUUUGAAGUGUAAUAAAUUUGCGAAGCAUGCGUCAGAUCUUUCUACAGUGAGUCCGCGUAUUUUAUUAUCUGGUCCUUCAGGGUCAGAAAUAUAUCAGGAAACUUUGGCGAAGGCACUUGCCAAACACUUUGGUGCUAAACUGCUAAUUGUUGAUUCUCUUCUGUUGCCUGGUGAUCCAACACCCAAGGAAUCAGAUUCUGUGAAAGAAGGACCCAGGCCAGAAAGAUUGUCCAUAUUUGCCAAACGAAGUUCAGGAUUACAGCAUAAGAAACCACCUUCUAGUGUUGAGGCUGACAUCACAGGGGGAUCGAUUAUGAGCUCUCAGGCUCCACCAAAGCAGGAGACAUCUACUGCAUCAUCUAGAGGCACUACAUUUAAAACAGGUGAUAAAGUAAAAUUUGUGGGUACUGGAUCUGGACUUUCAUCCCUGCAAAAUUGUCAUUCUCCAAGGGGGCCAUCAUUUGGUUGUCGGGGCAAAGUUGUUCUUGCUUUUGAGGAAAAUGGGUCCUCAAAAAUUGGAGUUAGAUUUGAGAAGUCAAUUCCAGAUGGUAAUGAUCUAGGUGGUCGUUGUGAAGAAGAUCACGGUUUUUUCUGUUCUGCUCAUCAUUUACGGUUAGAUGGUUCAGGAAGUGAUGACCUUGAAAAACUUGCUAUUACUGAACUCUUUGAGAUUGCUUCAAAUGAGAGUAAAAGCGUUCCUGUUAUAUUGUUUGUGAAAGACAUUGAAAAGUCCAUGGUGGGCAGCUCAGAUGCGCACACAUUCUUAAAAACCAGGCUUGAACAUUUGCCUCCAAAAGUUGUUAUAAUUGGCUCCCAUAUGCAAUUGGACAAUCGGAAGGAGAAGUCCCAUCCUGGUGGUCUUUUGUUUACCAAGUUUGGAAGCAACCAAACUGCUUUACUUGAUUUUGCUUUCCCGGAUAACUUUGGUAGGCUUCAUGAUAGGAGCAAAGAAACCCCUAAAACAAUGAAGCAACUUGGUCGACUUUUUCCCAACAAAGUGGUGAUACAAUUGCCGCAGGAUGAAGCCCUACUUUCAGACUGGAAGCAGCAGUUGGAAUGUGAUGUUGAAACAAUGAAAGCACAGUCAAAUAUUGUUAGCAUUCGCUCGGUGCUCAACAGAAUUGGCUUGGAUUGCCCUGAUAUUGAAACUUUGUGCAUUAAAGAUCAAGCACUUACAACUGAAAAUGUGGAGAAAGUAGUAGGCUGGGCUUUGUGUUACCACCUUAUGCAGUGUUCUGAUGUUUCGAUCAAAGAUGCCAAACUUUUAAUUUCUUCUGAAAGUCUUAGGCAUGGCCUCAACCUUCUACAGGGCAUUCAAAGUGAAAGCAAAAGUGUGAAAAAAUCACUCAAGGAUGUGGUCACUGAGAAUGAAUUUGAGAAGAAACUUCUUGCUGAUGUUAUUCCACCAAGUGAUAUUGGGGUAACUUUUGAUGACAUUGGGGCCUUAGAAAAUGUGAAAGACACACUUAAGGAGUUGGUGAUGCUUCCUCUUCAAAGGCCUGAAUUGUUUAGCAAAGGACAGCUUACUAAACCAUGCAAAGGAAUAUUGCUCUUUGGUCCGCCUGGUACUGGAAAAACUAUGCUUGCAAAGGCUGUCGCAACUGAAGCCGGUGCCAACUUUAUCAACAUUUCUAUGUCAAGCAUCACUUCAAAGUGGUUUGGUGAAGGAGAGAAGUAUGUAAAAGCUGUUUUUUCACUAGCCAGUAAAAUUGCUCCGAGUGUUGUUUUUGUAGAUGAGGUUGAUAGCAUGUUAGGAAGACGUGAAAAUCCUGGAGAACAUGAAGCUAUGCGUAAAAUGAAAAAUGAGUUCAUGGUAAACUGGGAUGGUCUGCGUACAAAGGAUAAAGAGCGUGUUUUGGUACUUGCGGCUACCAAUAGGCCUUUUGACCUUGAUGAAGCAGUUAUUAGGAGGCUUCCUAGGAGAUUGAUGGUUAACUUGCCAGAUGCCCGUAACAGAGAAAAAAUUCUUGGAGUUAUAUUAGCCAAAGAAGAUUUAGAACCUGAUGUUGAUUUGGAAGCAGUUGCAAAUAUGACUGAUGGAUAUUCUGGCAGUGACCUGAAGAAUCUUUGUGUGACAGCAGCACAUCGUCCUAUUAGGGAAAUAUUGGAGAAGGAGAAAAAGGAGAGGGCUAUUGCUUUGGCAGAUAGCAGACCUGUACCUGCAUUGUAUAACAGUGGGGAUGUUCGUCCUCUGAAGAUGGAUGAUUUUAAAUGUGCACACGAACAGGUAUGUGCGAGUGUGUCAUCGGAGUCUACGAAUAUGAAUGAACUCCUUCAAUGGAAUGACUUGUACGGGGAAGGAGGAUCGAGAAAGCAGAAGUCACUUAGCUAUUUCAUGUAGAGGUGGUAUUUUUGUGUAUAGCAUUUCUUGUUUUUAUUCUUCUUUGUCACCAUAGAAGUGGCAAGAGAUGGGACCAGUACUAGUGGAAAUCCCCGGGUCCUGUUCCCAUUGUAUAAUAUAUAGGUUCUCCCCUUGCUCCC